UUUCUUUAGGUAGAUUUCUCAGGAACUGCUGUCUCCACUACUUCCCCUGCUCAUGCUGACAGUGCAGAAAUUGAAAUGCUGUUUUUCUGAUUGAAUAGAUUAAUUGGGACCAACCCAUAUGUGACCCAUUCAACAUUCCAUUACACUUGGUGGCAGGCAUGGACCAGAAUCGAGAGACAAUCCGCCUGAAUUCUGUGCGCAGGAUAGAUCCUCACGUGGCACAGAUAAUGGACAGUGCCAACCGCACGGCACUGUACUCAUAUGAGCAGGAUGGAGAAUCAUGGGCCAAGACAGAAGUGGAGGGUACUCUUAUGGUCUACUCUCGGUGUGCUCCACCUCAUUAUAUGGUUACCAUCAUAAACAGACUAAACAAAUCUAAUUUUAUUGAACCUCUCUCAUCUGACUGUGAUAUACAAGUAAAGCCUCCAUAUCUCCUUUUUAGGAAUGCUAAGGGUGGCAUAUAUGGGAUAUGGUUUUCAGAAGCAGACGACGUUCAGCGUAUAGCAGUGUCUAUUCAGGAACGAAUGAAAAAUGAGCCUCCACCUGCGCUUCAGCCUGCUCCCAAUAUAAUGGCUGAUCCAGCUAUUGCUGUUGCUGGUGCACCUGGUGGAGAUAUUAUGAGCAUGCUUUCCCGUGCUCAUGGAGAAUUUGCAAGUAAACGGCAAGAACCACGUAGCAUUGUGAACACAGCUACAAGUACAAGUAAUGAUCUUGUUAAGCCAGCACCUUUAAGAGUUCAGGCUGGGGAGCAAAACACGGUUGCUGAUUUUUUUGCCAAAGUUUCUGGAGCUCAGGCAGGCCUUGGUGGUACUGGAUUACAUUCUCCUGGUUCAGGGCCCCCAGUCUCUACAGCCAAUCCAUCAUCAGGCACAAAUCCUAUGUUGCAGAAAUUAUUUCAAGGUGCAGCAGCUGUAGGUGGUCAAGCCAUUGUGCAGCUUCCUGCAGGAGCACCUGUGCAAAAUCAACAAGGCACUACUAAUCCUAUUCCCAUACCUGGUUCAGCACCUCAGAACCAUCCAUCAUCAUUAUCAUCAAGUGUUCCAGGUGGAGCACCUAUAUCUCUCCAAGAAUUAGAGGGCCGAUUCAAAGAUAAUUUAAGAAUGUCAAAUCAAGUUAAAGAAGAGGAAAUACCUCAUCUGAGUCAGCACCAAAAACAUCAUGAGUCAUAUUCUCAGCAAAUACCUCACUCUGAGCCAUCAUUACUUUCACCUCAGGUGUUUACAAGUUCACGAACCUCGGAACCUACCCUGAGUGGUACCCCUCCAGUUGAUACUACUGGUUCACGCACCUUCCCUGGCCUCUUGACUCCAGGCACCACAAUAACUAUGGAUAUGAGGCCACUUAAUGGAUCUCAAGAAUCCCUUCAUGACGGAAUAAUAUGCAGUUCUUCGCAAGUGACCCCCUUGACACAGGAACAGUUGGUUCAGGCAUUUACCCUUCUCCUAAAGAAAGACGAUUUUGUUAGACAAUUACACGAAGCAUACGUUCAGGCUUUAAAUCAGUCUCUCAAGGGUUGUUUGUAGGCAAACAACAAUAAAAUUGUAGUAAAUUUGUCAUUUGGUUUUCCAUGUUGUGCUUUUGCAUUCUCAUGUAAUAGUGUUCAUUAUAAUGUGUUAUAAUGUGCAUCAUGACUGUGAAAAUAUAAUUAAAUGGUAGUUAUUUGUCACAUCAAAUAUGAAACUAAAUGAAACUUAUAUUUUUAGCAAAGUUUUACAAAAUAUAUACAGAAUCAUGUGUGGAAGAAAAAAUAGCUUUUUCAUAUGCAGUAUAUCAUAUGUCUGUGAGUGUUGUUUUGUGUGUGCAGUAAUUGAGCGGUAGAAGGUAUUAUUCUAAUUGAGAGCUGCAAUGUAGACUGAUAAUUUGUUUAUGGAGUUUCCAUACUGUAAUUUAUUCUGCCUUGUCAGUCAUACUUAGCACAAACCUUUUCUGAUAACUUGGUAAAUGAUAGAUAGAAAUACAUUAUAUUCAUGUUAGCCCUGCUUAUAUCCUGAGGAAAAUAAUUUCUUCAAAUUGUUUUAAAUGUGUAUUGAAACUGUUACUCAUUGAUAUUCUAGAACCUAUUGGCAAGAUUGCUGGGAAUGAACUCUUAAAUCGCCCUUUUGGUGUCUCUUUGUCCUUUAUAAUGUCCAGGCUGUGGGAGUGUGUAUAAUAGGGAUUUGGCUAAUGCAUUUCACUACUGUAUUUUCAUUUUAACUAAAAACAAAAUUUAUAAUUUUAUUUCCUUAGGUGGCGAAUUUUAAGAUUUCACUCCUAUUUAUUUUCUACUUUGUUCUUUUUUUACAGACAUUUUGAGCUUCAGUACACUAUGCAUGAAGCUCUUUUAUUACUUUGAGAUAAACUUUCAGAAUUGUACCUGAUCCAUGGUAUUCUAAGAAAGGCAUUCAUAUUCUUGCUUUUAUUUACUUGCAAUAACAAUUUUGUCAAAGACAUUUUUAGAUUGCAGCAUGCAGUAAUUCUGACUACAGAUGUUACUUGCAUUUUUAAUUCCAAAGAAUAUAUUUUUGAUUGUAUCUUGUAUAUUACAGUACUUAGUAAAGAGAUCUGUCAAUGUAAGAACAUGUUGAGAUAUACAUAUGUACUGCAAAGUGAAAUUAUUAAUUCACAUGUAAGGACAAGAGACAUAAAUCUCUCUUAUGAUCAAUACAAUUAUCUCUCUUACAUGUGAAUCUUCCAUUGUAUGAUUGAAUUCUGUCUUGUAAAAACUUCUAGAUAUGAUCCAUUUUCACAACUGGAUUAUUGUAUAAUAUUGUUUACCUAACCCUGAGGUACUCCUAAGGAGAGUAAGAGUUUUUUUACAAUACUGUAUAAGCAAGUUUCUUUUGUUUCUAAAGGCCUCUCAGUCAUCAUUUGAGUUAAUAUAUUUAAAUUUAGCCAUAUAAAAAUCUCAAGAUAUAGCAUAUUUAAAUGUGUAGAAAGGCAAAUAAACACACCAAUUUCAGUUACAAAAUUUUGUCCUUCACACAGAAGUUGUAAGAGCUGAUAUUUUAUGUGUGUGCUGCAUUCUAGCUUAACUGCAAUGAGUCUAUGGGCACAGGACCAGCAUUAGGGGAUUUUUUGUUGGGUUUUAAUUUUGUGAAAUCACUUGGUAUAUAUAUUACAUCAUUAUAUAUUUUUUGAGGAUCAGUCUAUUCCCUUUCAAAACUAUCAGUUACUGAUCCGUACCAAAUAGUAUAUCAGUUUCACCUGUCAUUGAAUAUACUGUAUAAGAUGUUUAGAAUGAUGACUGAGCCAAAAGCUUCUACUGCUGGUCUUAUGGGCUCAAAAGUAACUUACCAUCUGAGAUAUUGAAUAAGUUGGAGUAGACAACUGAUCUAUAGUGUACAAGAAACAUUCAGAUUAUUGGAAAUAAACUUGUACAAUAUAA